AAAAAAUGCCUUGGAGCACUAAUUAAGAUGACCAUUUUCUUAUAUAUCACUCUCACUCCAUUGUGAGACUCAACACAACACACUAAACUCAACAUCUCAAAAUGAAAAUUUACUUCACCUUCCUGUUCUUGUCGCUCUCUUUAUUCCAUGUUUCUAUAGCAACCAUUGGCAGAACACAAGAAUAUUCCUAUUCCAAACAAAAGACAAACCCUUUCACUCCUAAAGCCUCACUCAUUCGCCAUUGGAACACAAAAACCUCUAACAAACUUCCGAUCCCAAAUUUCUUUCUUUCCAAAGCUUCACCUCUCACACCACAACACUACGCAAACCUCAUAAACCUCUUCAAACAAAAACCAUCCUCAUCAAAUCUCCAUAAUACCCUCUGCUCCACACCAUACUUAUUCUGCUCCUUCGACCACCCAAACACACUUUACCAAUCCACAAAAACAAACAAAUCAGACUCAAAUUUCGCCGUCUACUCAAACAAAAAAUUCUCAAACUACGGCUCCGCUCGACUCGGCGGAGUCGACUCAUUUAAAAACUACUCCAACGGUUUAAACACAAACAGCGACUCGUUCAAAAAAUACAGCUCAGGCUCAACUCGUCGCGGUGGUGAAUUCAACAGCUACGCAGAAAACGGCAAUGUAGCUAACACAAACUUCACAAACUACGGUUCCGGUUCAUCUUCCGGCACCGGAAACUUCAAAAGCUACGAUAAACUCGUCAAUGUCCCGAAUCUCGGUUUCACCACCUACGACUCCGGCGCUAACAAUCACAAAUUAUCAUUCUCAAGCUACGGUAACGAUACAAAUUCUGGAUCUCAAUCAUUCAACAGCUACGGAAAACGCGUUCGUAGCGGUAACAGCGAUUUCAUCAAUUAUGCAGUUAGUUCCAACAUUCUUCAAUCAACAUUCACCGGUUACGGUGAAUUAGGAACAGGAGGUGCAAACGAUUCUUUCAAAGCGUACAGUUUCAACGGUAAUAAUCCAAAGAGCAGUUUCAAAGCUUACGGUACCGGUUCCGUUUCCGGUUCCGAUACUUUUGUAAGUUACCGGAACCGCGCUAACGUCGGUGAUGAUUCGUUUCAAAGCUACGGUGCAAAAUCGAAAGCCGGUGCUGCGUCGUUUACGAAUUAUGGACAAUCGUUUAACGAAGGAAACGACACUUUCACUGAAUAUGGAAAAGGAGCUACGGGUAAAACCGCGUUUGGAUUCAAAUCUUAUGGAUUGGGACGCGCGUUUAAGUUAUACAACAAAAACGGCGCGUCGUUUUCAGCGUAUAACAAUUUCAGCACAAUCAGUGGUAAAAUCGUAAAUAGAUUCGUUGAACCGGGUAAAUUUUUCAGAGAAUCGAUGUUAAAGGAAGGAAACGUGAUGGUUAUGCCAGAUAUUGGAGACAAAAUGCCUGCAAGGUCUUUUUUACCUUUGUCUAUAUCAUCAAAAUUACCAUUUUCAUCCUCGAGGUUGAGUGAGAUAAAAGAAGCAUUUCACGCGCGAGAUGGUUCUGCGACAGAGCGCGUGAUAUUUAACGCGCUUAAAGAAUGCGAGAGGGAACCGAGUGUGGGAGAAACAAAACGGUGCGUUGGAUCAGCUGAGGGUAUGAUUGACUUUUCCGUUUCUAUAUUAGGUCCCAAUGUGGUUGUGAAAACAACUGAAAAUGUGAACGGGUCAAAAAGGACGGUGAUGAUUGGAAAAGUCGAUGCAACGGACGGUGGAAAAGUGAUUAAAUCAGUUUCAUGUCAUCCGAGUUUGUACCCUUAUUUACUCUAUUAUUGUCACUCUGUCCCUAAAGUGAGAGUUUAUGAAGCUGAUAUUCUUGACGUGGACACUAAGUCAAAGAUUAAUCACGGUGUUGCCAUCUGUCACAUUGAUACGUCAUCGUGGGGUUCUAAACAUGGUGCUUUUUUGGCGUUAGGGUCUGGACCUGGAAAAAUUGAGGUGUGUCAUUGGAUUUUUGAGAAUGAUAUGACGUGGACAACUUCUAGUUGAGGAAGGAAAUAUUUCAUUCGGUUUUUUCAGUUAGUUAAGAAUACAAAAUUUCACAUUGUCAUGUGUUACCACGUUGUAUUUUUUUGUUUCGUUUUUGUCUUUGAGCUUUCGAUUUCUAUUUGUGAUUCUACCUUGUGUCGUGUUCUAGAGUGGUAUGAAUCUUUGAGUAAGCGUGACUUAUGAUAAUAUGGCUCGUGGCUUUUUAAUAUUAUUAUUAUUACUAAA